UUCGGAUGUGGAGGAAGGCCCGGUGGGUGCUCUGAAGGCUGUCAUGGGGCUCCCCUGGAGGCCGCCUCGCCCUUGGCUGCUGCCCCUCGUGGUGCUGGUCUGGGCCCAGCCCUGCAUGAGCCUCGAGCUCAUCCCCUACAAGCCGCAGAUAACGGCCUGGGACCUGGAAGGGAAGGUCACGGCCACCACGUUCUCCCUGGAGCAGCCGCGAUGUGUCCUGGACCAGCACGCCAGUGCAGCCGACACCAUCUGGCUGGUGGUGGCCUUCAGCAACACCUCCAGGGACUUCCAGAACCCGCAGACACUGGCUGAGAUCCCAGCCUCCCCACAGCUGCUGACAGAUGGCUACUAUAUGACGCUGCCCCUGACCCUGGACCAGCUGCCCUGUGAGGACCCACUGGGUGGCAGUGGGGGCGCCCCUGUGCUCAGGGUGGGCAAUGAUGCCGGCUGCCUUGCUGACUUCCGUCAGCCACGUUACUGCAACUCCCCCCUCCCCAGCCCUGGACCUUACAGGGUGAAGUUCCUGCGGCUGGACUCCAGGGGCUCACCCCAGGCCGAGACCAGCUGGUCUGACCCCAUCGCUCUCCAGCAAGGCAAGUCCCCAGGCUCCAUCGACACGUGGCCGGGGCGGCGGAGUGGUGGCAUGGUCGUCAUCACCUCCAUCCUCUCUGCUCUGGCCGGCCUCCUGCUCCUGGCCUUCCUGGCAGCCUGCACCGUGCGCUUCUCCAGCCCGUGGUGGUCCGAGGAGGCCCCAGAGCAGCUGCGGAUCGGCUCCUUCAUGGGAAAGCGCUACAUGACCCACCACAUCCCGCCCUGUGAGGCUGCCACCCUGCCCAUGGGCUGCGAGCCUGGCCUGGAACCCCUCCCCAGCCUCAGCGCCUAGCCUGGCCCAUAUAGCUGAGCGGUGGGGGCACAGGGGUGCACUGCCCCCAUCCGCAACCCCUGCACCCACGUGCCCCUCCCCCACGCCCCCUCCCACCCGGCCUGAAAUCCCACCACUAGCAGCCCAGCCCUGCCUCUGGCUUUCUCAUUUCCCCUCUCCAGGCAGUGAGGUUGCAUUCAGGGGAGGGCUGUGGUCAGGCUGGCCCCCACCUCCAUCCCUGCCUCUGUUCUGCCUGCCUCAAGCGAGGCUGAGGCAGCGUGGAGAGAUGUGGAGAGAAUGCCUGGACAGGAAGGCUCCAGGCCCCAGGAAGAGGCCUGCGGGUGCCUUGUUCUGUCCUGGGCAGGGGUCCAGGCUGGGCCCAUCAUGAGGGUCUGUGAGGCCUGAGCCUCCCUCUGUCCCUCUCUCUCAUCCACCAGUGGCUGGGGCUGCAGUGAAGCCUUUAGAGAUGCCUCUGCUGUCCCUGGACACUGGCCCUUUCUGAGGGUGGCUCUCACCGGCUGGAAGGUCAAACAGAAAGUAGACAUGUUAUGAUCGUCUGGCCACCACUUCUAAGCCCCUUGCACAUAGAUGGCUCAUGGACUUAUCCCCUCACUCUCCCUCCACAGCACUUACUGAGCGCCUGCUGCAUGCCAUGCACAGUAUUAGACAUGGACACUCUCUGAGAGCCCAUUGCUGGUCUUGGGGAGCUCACUCACUGCUCUGGGCCUCAGAUGAGCACAUGUCCUGAUGUUACUUUUGGGGGGCUAUCACGCCUUUGGAUUGUCACACACCAUCGAGAUCCGGGGCUUUCUGGGGUCCACCAGCGCCCAUCACCCAGGAGGACAGGCUUCAGACUCGGGGCCGUUCGUCGGCAAGGCCGGUGGUUCCCACUACGGCCACAAGGAGGCGCCAGUGCACCACAGCCGCAGGGUCCUGCGCGUGCGCACGCCGAAGCGCCGCAGCGCGUCGGUCCCUCCCAAUGACCCGGGGUCCACAAGCGGCCGCCGCUCAGCGGGGUCUCUGGAGGUCAGGGCUCCAGGUCCUUCCUUGGCCAAGGCAGAGGGAUCAGCAGUCAUACUCCCGCUUGAGGAUCUACAGUGUGUCUGUCGUCCGGUCCGCACAGCUUCCACCGUUUUCUAGAUGGAAAAAGUGAGGCUCAAUAACCUCUCCCUGCCCCACCCCCACCCCCACCCCACCCCGCCGCCACCACGCUCUGUCCAGGGUCACCGCACCAUGUGUCCCCAGGCCGCUCUGGACCGUCUGUUCUGACUGCGGCUCCCAGCAUACAGGCUCCCGGAGGAGGGCACCCAGCCUGUCCCUCCCACCCUUCUUGGAGAUGAAUAAAUGCAGCCUGGCUCCUCCGUCCCAGUGGCUGCCCCGCAGAGCACUGCUCACUCUGUCCUGCCCGGGCUUGGCUCCAACACCAGACAAGGAGGCCCUCAAAGUCCAGGAUGCCCAGCGUGGGCCCUGCCCAGGAGAGGUAUGUGGGGAGGAGGAGGCGGCCAGUGGUGUUUGCUGAGUGAGAAGAUGAAUGAACCUGCCCAAAGCUGAAUCAGCCAGAAGCAGAAAUUGCCCCCAGCUCUUGCGUGUCCAGGUCUUUUUGUGGCUUGAUCUUAGUGUCAGCAUCUGUGCAGAUUCUAGGACCUGUAACGUCCUGUGAGUGCCUGGGGCUGCCGCUCACUUCUGGACAGCACCCUCAAGCCCUCCGAGGAGCUGCUCUCACCCCCUUGGGCCCACGUGGGCUCGACCCCGGAGACAGGCUCUGAACAGACACUGCAACAUGGUGGGUGGAGGCUGGGCGGGGGAGUCCGGGAGAGGCAACGGGGCCCCCCCUGAGGGGCCAGGGGACCUCCUAGGAGAGAGAGAAGUCUCGGGAGGCAAAGCAGGCUGCAGAGGAGGAGAUGGAUUCGAGAAAUACUCAGCAGGUGACUGAAAGAAUCAGGGACUUCGACGUGGGAGGUAAGCCAGAAGGAGAGGCCGUGGGUGUGAAUGCAAAGGGGGGCCCUUUAUCUUCUGCAGGUGGUCUGUCACCCCAACUUUAGAGCAGAUUCCCCAGAAAAGGGGGUUCUGGGGACGUCAUCUUAGCAGCUGGCCAAGUCCACACGAGCACUAAUGAACUGUUAAUAUUUGACAAAGAUGGAAGCUGACCCUGGUCAGUGGGAGGCCACCAUGAGCCUGCUCAGCUGUGGGCAUUCUGCCCCAGGGCUGUGCUGGCAAGCAUGCCCGGGUGUCACCGAGUCCACACAGAGAGCGGGUGGCAGGAUGGGUCAUCGCCCAGCACACGCACCGUCACGCUGGGCCCAGGGGAGUCGUGCCAGGGCCCUCUGCCUGAGUCACGCUGUAGAGGGUCAUCAGCCAGACCCCAGCCCUGCUAGGGCCCGCUCGUGACAGCCUUGAGCAGGGCACAUAGUGAGAACCACAUUGUGGAGAAUCUUCUAUUAAAUAAUGUUUUAAAUUUUCUCUAGGGCUAUAUUUGGGGAAGUGCCUCCAGCUCCAUUGGCCUGUAACAUAAUGGCUCACUGGUUAAAAACAAGGUCACUGUUAAAAAGGAAAAAACAGCCGUGAUUGUCGGGGUGGUGACUUGCAGGUGACUCAUGGAGCCAAAAAUCAAAGCAAUAAGGGUGACAGCAGGUGGAAACCAGGCAGGCGCCACCCCUCCCUCCCUCUCACCCUCUGGUUCACUUGAUUCCUCUGGGCCUCUGAGCCAUCCAUUUUGCCCCAGCACCCCUGCAGUCCCCAGGCCAGCCACCCGGUCUCUCGCUGGGGCGUCAGCAGCUGCCCCUUUGCUGCUUCCCCCUCGUCAGCAUUCCUGACCCCUCACCCUCGUUGUCCCAGCUUCCAGAGGGACCAACCAGAUUAUACACCUACUGGUGUCACGCCUCUCAGAGGUUUCCUCCUGUGAGAACAGAACCCAGAUUCGU